CUCGGUCUUCCGCAUCUCGUUCCAUUCACAUCUCCUGUCGACCGCCGUCAUCAUGCCGCGCGCAGAGGUUGGGAGUACAAAGUUUAUCUCCAAUAAGUUGAAGUCGAAAGGGUUGCAGCGCUUACGUUGGUACUGUCAGGUUUGCCAAAGGCAGAUGCGCGAUGAGAACGGUUUCAAAUGCCACACUCAAUCCGAAUCACACGUCCGCCAGAUGCUCCUAGUGGGAGAGGAUCCGAAGAAGUACAUUCAGGGCUACUCAAAUGAUUUCCUCCGCGACUUUAUCCAGUUGUUACGGACUUCGCAUGGCGAGAAACAGGUCCACAUCAACCAUUUCUAUCAAGAGUACAUCGCCAACAAGGAGCAUAUCCACAUGAACGCCACGAAGUGGUCGAGCCUGACGGAAUUUGCGAAAUAUUUGGGCCGGGAAGGGAUAUGUAGGGUUGAAGAGGGAGAGAAGGGCAUUUUCAUCUCGUGGAUCGAUAAUAGUCCCGAAGCACUGAGAAGGCAGGAUGCCAUUCGAAAACGUGAAAGGCAGGAUCGUGGGGAUGAGGAGCGAGAAAAGAAGCUGAUCGAGGAUCAGAUCAAAAGAGCUCAGCGGGAUAAAGACGCCACAGGCACUACAGAUGGCGAUGCCCCGGAGGCGCCUAAGAAAUUACAAAGGGUAGAAGGAGAGAAGAUUACGCUGAAUUUCGCCUCGAAGCUUACCCCCCAAGAGAACUCUGCUUUCUCUUCGGCUUCUGAGAAGCCGGAUCAACCUAAGAUGGACCAUGAGUCUGAAACAGAGAAAUCAGAAAUCCCUUCCUCAGCGUCGACGCCAGCUCCAGCAGCUCAAGCGCAAAAGGUGCCAAUCAAACUUGGACUUGGAAGUUCAGGUUCAAAGUCGAAGAACGUCUUUGCUUCGAUGUCCAGAAAGACUGCAGCUACCAAAAAAGCCGAUAUACCGCCUAGGCCACUAAGCGCUAUUGAACGAGUAAUGAAAGAGGACAUGGAACGAAAACGGGCAAGGGAAAACAGUGGUUUUAAGGGAUCUACGAUGAAGCGCCAAAAGAUAUCAUGACGCAUUGUAUUCAAGACAACAGAUAAGGCAUUUUGGGAGCAAAUGGACUGGAAGGCACGGCUCAAUGGCAUAUUUAAGGUUUUGGGUGGUUUCAGUAGGAUUUGGACUCCGUUGGAUACUGGAUAGAUUGCUUUUGCAUUGCUCUCUCGGCAGUUUAUUGGUUGGCAUUGUAUAGCUGCAUCUAUGUCGAAGAGCUUGAUGAACCAAUUAAUUACAACAUAAACAAGUAAAGUCAAUGUCAAUAAUAUAAACACGAAAGACAAGUUUUAGCAGAAUUAAAAAGCAAGCAACGGAA